UCAUACAUAUUUUACUAAAAGAAAAUAAUGUGUUUUAAUAUUACGUAAGUGAACAUACACAAAUACAUAUGUGUAUGGAACAUUAGAGUCACCCUAACGGAUCGGAAUGCCCUUCCAAUUUUAAAUACAUUASAUAUUUAAAAAACGCUUGUAGAUAAACUAGAAUUAAUUUGAUAAAUUUUAAACACUUCCAGCUGUAUGUGUGUGUAAUUAGUUGAUUAACGUAAAAUUCUUCAUUAGCACGGAGUUUCGUAUAUAAGCUUAAAAAUUUGCCAGCAAUUAGUAGCCAUCGACUUCAACUUGUCUUACAUUUGCUGAGCUGUCUUAUCAUUAGCCUGAAUUAUUCACAUCGAAAAUAAUGCAGACCGUUCGUUCAAAUCUGUUAACUCGCUUAUUUCGGGGUCCUCUUAUAUGUCGAUAUGUCACAGCCACAGCAGAAAGCAACAAUAYAGGUACCGAAAACAGGGAUAGUCCACCUGGUAAUGACACACACUUGGAUGAGUUUACCAAAGAGUUUCUUAAAAAUCGCAUAGAAAUGUCGCCUUUUCAGAGGAUACUACUCGGCGCGGGUUCAUCAAUUGCCGCCUUAAUUGAUCCACGAAGACAUGACAUGAUCGCCGCUUUGGGGGAAACCACCGGCGAAUCGACCUUGMGGAAUAUCUUACACAUAAUGGAACUCACUGCUGAGGGUGAACGCAUACUGAAACAGAAGCCACGUAUAAACACGCAUGCCGUAGAUAUGAACCAUUUACGUACCUUAGGAGAGAAUACUCUKGGUCGGGUCUACGUAAAGUUCUUGGAUGACAAUAAAGUAACACCCGACUCGCGUAUGGAAGUACGUUUCAUUGCUGAUCCAAUGUUGGCAUAUGUGAUGACACGCUACCGCGAGUGUCAUGACCUGGUGCACACAGUGCUGGGAAUGCCUACCAAUAUGCUGGGUGAAGUAGCCGUUAAGUGGGUAGAGGCGUUGAAUAACGGGCUGCCUAUGUGUUAUGGGGGUGCAAUAUUUGGGGCCAUGCGUCUACGUCCUAAACAACGGAAGGAGUAUGUUUCUCGUUAUUUGCCUUGGGCUCUGGAAAAUGGAAAGAAAAUGCAACCAUUAAUGCCUGUAUUUUGGGAAGAACGCUGGGAGCAAGAUAUAGGGGAGCUUCGUAAAGAAUUAAAUAUAACGAUCUUAGAAUUAUGAACCCAAGUCGUAACAUGUGGACUUGUUAAACAUUAUGAUUUUAUUUCUUUUUAAUAACUCAAUAAAUAAACUGAAAUUCACUAA